AUGACGGCCCUGAGGAGUAUCGUUUUCCUACUCAUACUAACUUGCGUCUUGACUAAUGCUAAUGUCAUAGACAAAAGUAAAGUACUUAUCGACGAAGCGGUUUCCUAUCUCAGUGACGCCUUUUCAUCCUCUUCCCCUAUAAUUCAAGCGGAAACAAUUACCGACUGCGGAAGGACAUCUGAUAUUCUCCAGAUACACUAUAUAGAGUUACACCCAGAUCCUCCACAGAAGGGAAAAGAACUGACAAUUGAUGCUGCUGGUUUUUUGAGCGAGACUGUGGACAAGGGAAGCUACGUUGACGUUGUGGUAAAGCUUGGAUUGAUUAGGCUGUUGCAAAAACGAUAUGAUUUGUGCGAUGAGGUAACCCAAGUUGGCAAGGAGUGUCCUCUUGAUGGAUAUCAGACCUUACAUCAUACGUUAGACUUGCCGAAAGAGAUCCCUCCGGGUAGGUAUAGCGUCGAUGUCAACGCAUUCACGCCCGAUCAUCGAAAAAUUGGUUGCUUGAAAGUAAUGGUUACGUUCCGUCCUUGA